UAGGAAAGUUAAUUUCUCUUAUCCAACAUUUGAUGGACGUCCACGCCUGGUUGCCGGUGAUAUUUUGCAGUCUUUCCAUUCCAUUAUCGUUAUUUAUGUGGCUGGGUAAUUUGGCUUUUUCGAAAUUUUGGCAUUCAAAUGAGUUUGAAGAACCGCCCGUCAUACCCCCAACACGUUGGCUGUUCUCAACAUUAGCGCCACUUACGCUUAUGACAAUUGCGCUACGCAGAAAAUCCGUUAAUAAAUCAGGUGCUGCAUUGGGUAUAAUAUUUUCCUUUAUUUUAUCCAUCGCCAACCAUGCAUUCUUCGCCAGCUUGGCGGCAUUUUUCUUCACUUCGUCACGUGCAACCAAAUUUCGUGCGCAUUUGAAACGAAAAUUCGAAAAAGACUUCAAAGAAGGUGAAGGCCAACGCAACUGGGUGCAGGUGUUGUGUAAUGGUGGCAUGGCUACACAGUUAGCGCUAUUAUAUCUCAUAGAUUGCGGCAGUUGUGAGCGUCCCAUUGAUUUUUCCAAUGAGUAUCGCUCCAGCUGGUUAGGCGUUGCAGUUAUGAGCGCUUUCGCUUGUUGUAAUGGCGAUACAUGGGCUAGUGAGCUCGGCAGUGUGCUUUCAAAAAAAGAUCCAUUCCUCAUCACAACGCGUCGCCGUGUGCCACGCGGCACUAACGGUGGCGUUUCUAUACCAGGACUAGUGGCCAGCCUUGCUGGUGGCCUUUUUGUUGGAGUCAUCUACUAUAUAACGGUGCGUUAUACCGUCGAAGCGCACACGCUACAAGCGAGCCCUUCGCAGUGGCCGCUUAUAAUAUUUGGUGGCGUUGCUGGACUUCUUGGUUCUUUGUUGGAUUCAUUGCUUGGUGCUACAAUGCAGUACUCGGGUGUCGAUAAGGAAGGCAAAAUUGUAGAAUGUCCUGGAAAGGGUGUGCGACAUAUCAGCGGUUUACGCAUAUUAGACAAUCACAGUGUCAAUUUGAUUUCCAGCAUUGUGACCGGUGUGACUAUGCCUUUGAUAGCGUUAAAAUUUUGGCCUUUGUAUUAAGUAAGAAUCGACAUGAUGAUUUUUGAUACUUCUGAUUUUUUAACAUCUGCUGACUUUUGUCAAAACAUAAAAAUUGUUCAAUUAGCUGUAUAUACGGUACCUUUGUAAAGGCUGCUGUUAAACUCUAAUGUAAGCCAGAACGAAUUUUGUAAACAUACACACACAUGCUGAGCAGCUAAAAUUCACCUUCAUAUAUGUAUGUAUGUAUUAAUAUAGUAUCGAGUACCAACGAAGCGGUUGCAUAUCGUAUUAAUUAGUUUUGAAUGUUUGGUGUUUUACAAUCUUAUUUAAAUAUGCAACUACUAGAACUGAUAUGUAACGUGAAACGUUUAGACAAAGGUUACAAAAAUAUUUUUAAUUAUUUACACAAGGAAAUCUGUCUCAAACUGUAACUAAAAAGAACUGUUUUUAUAUUGUAAAAUUAUCGAUUGCAGCUUUAAAUAUAAUAAUAUGCAUGUAGGUGUGACUAAUAAACAUUUGUAUAUGCAUGAUGAAAAUAAA